UCUCCCCGUCUGCCGUCUUCGUCUUCGUGUAGUAUUUGAUUUUUCGAUUCUUCAUCUGUAACGUCUAAACGACUUUCCUGGUCUCUUAACUGAAACCCAUUUCCUUUUUUUCCCUAGUUCUUACUUCUCUUUCUUCUAAUUCUCCAAAGUUACUUUCUACUUCUCCUUUUCAACUUAAAUCUGCAUUCUAGUCAGAAACAGAGUUAACUUCUUCUUUUCUCUUUUCUGUUCUACACCUCUACCUUGUAUUUAGUUUUGAGGUCCUCUAUCAUCCAACCUGCAUUCUUUGUACCCAUUUGGUUAGACCCUUCUAGCAAAAACUCCUCAUUCAUCAUUCUUGCUAUUCCUGGACAGUGGACAUCCAUUUUGAUCGAUUUCUGAUUCUAUAAGCAGAUUCGAUCGAUACUUGAACAAAAAGAAAAUCCUAAACCAUUAACGUACCAGCAACUGUGAUAAUUCCAAUCAUGAAUCCUCCAGGUCCAGUGAAGGAAGAGUUUCCGGAAGCCAGUUCGUCCUACACCGCUGAUCAGUUCAUGGCUCCUCCACAGCCAAUGGAGGGCCUUAAUGAGAUCGGCCCUCCACCUUUCCUCACGAAAAUUUACGACAUGGUUGACGAUCCAAGCACGGACGACAUAGUUUCUUGGAACAGAGGGGGCAAAAGUUUAAUUGUCUGGGAUCCCCAUUCCUUCUCCAUGAAUCUUCUUCCCAGAUACUUCAAACACAACAACUUCUCAAGCUUUGUUAGACAGCUCAAUACUUACGGUUUUAGAAAGAUUGAUCCAGACAAGUGGGAAUUUGCAAACGAAGGAUUUCUGAGAGGGCACAAGCAUCUAUUGAAGAACAUCAAGAGGAGGAAGACACUUUCGCAGCCUCCCUUCCUACAGCAAGCCCUGGGCCACUGUGUGGAAGUUGGACGAUUUGGAUUAGAUGGAGAAAUCGAUCGAUUAAGGCGUGACAAGCAGGCUUUGAUCUUUGAAUUAGUGAAGCUUAGACAGCAACAGCAGAGCACCCGUGCCCAACUUCAAUCCAUGGAACAAAGGCUACAGGGAGCAGAACUAAAGCAGAAACAGAUGGUGACUUUCUUAGCUAGAGCACUACGGAACCCCACUUUCAUCCAGCAGUUAGUUCAACAGAAUGAGAAGAGAAGGGAACUAGAAGAAGCAAUCAGUAAGAAAAGGAGAAGGCCGAUUGAUCAAGGUCCCAGUGAUGUUCACGUAGCGGAGGCAAUUCAGAGUGGUGAAGAAGAAAACCCCAUUAAGGUCGAAGCACAAGAAUUAGGGGACUUGUAUGGGUAUGAAGUCUCAGAGCUGGAGACACUGGCAUUAGAGAUGCAGGGACUGAGUCAAGCCGGGAAGGAGCCCAUUGAAGAGCAGGAAGAGCAAGAAGAGGAACUAGAGAGUAGAAGUAAAGCACUUGACAAUGGAUUUUGGGAAGAGUUAUUCAGUGAAAGUUUUCCUGACGAGUCCGGCACACAAGGACAAGGUGCUGAGACAAGAGAAAAUGAAGACAUAAAUGUUUUAGCUGAUCGGUUGGGUUACUUGGGUUCCAGCCCAAAGUAGAGAAGGCGGACUGUUUGACGCAGUCAGUUACGGGGUUCAAUUUCUUUGUUCCAAUGAUCCUUCUGGAACACCAAGAUAACCAAGAUCAGCUGAUUAAGAUUAACACGCAAAGGUUUGUUUGGUUGCAGUGCAAACAAAUUUAUACUGAUGCAAAACCAUGUCAGUGCAAAUGAUUUAAAUGU